AGGGGAAAAAAGACAGUGGGAGAAAGCGCGAACGGCAGGAAACGGAGACCAGUGCAGGGAGUAGAGAUCGCAGGGACAAGCAGAUUAGAGUCUGGGCUUCAUUCCGCGGCGCGCCAUCUGACAUGGACAGCACACAGACCUCUUUCUCACUGCAGAGGGAGUGAAGGGAAGGGUCCAGGACUGGGAGGAGCAGGACGCAAAAGUCAUUUUUCUGCAGCUCUAGCUGGGAAACGUGGAGUGGCAGGACGGUGAGGGGAGCGGCGGUGAGUGUCAUCCGGCCAUGAGAGAGUGAGUGAGGGAGGAAGGACCUCUAUUGCUGCUGAGGACACCUCUGUCUCCUUCACUCCUGCCUCUCCAGAUGUCUACAGGAGGGAGGCCCCCAGGUGGGGGACCCGUCUGGACCCUGCUCUGGCCCCUGGCGUGUGCCCUGGCCCUGUCUGCAGGCUCGUCGGUAAGCCCCUUCAGCCAGGAGUCCGCCUCUGUUCCUCCCAUUGCUGCUGAGACACAGACUAUGGCGGAGACACAGCCAGAGGCGCGGACGGAUGUGAACUCACUUGCGGAGCUUCCGACUCAGCCGGAGCUUCCGACUCAGCCAGAGCUUCCAACCCAGUCGGAGCUUCAGACCCAGUCGGAGCUUCAGACCCAGUCGGAGCUUCAGACCCAGUCGGAGCUUCAGACCGGAUCAAAGAUACAGACUCAGUCACAAACAGAGUCUGAUUCACAGGUAGCUACCAGCAACUACACAGGUCUAGCGUGUGCAUCCGUCCUGCCACCGAGGCGCGGGUCCUUCUACGUGGAGCGUGGGACGGGGGUGUCGGUUGGCACCGUGCUGGCCUUCUGGUGCAGAGAUGGAUACCAGCUGGUGGGCAGUGAUAAGAUUACCUGCAGCGUCCGGGCAGGCAAGCCCCAGUGGAACAACUACCUGCCCGUUUGUGAGGCCAUCCCCAGACCGGAGGACCGUGGUCUCCGCGUGGCCGUGUUGGCAUCAGUGGUCAGUGGCAUCGUCAUCCUCGCCAUGUCCUUCUCCUUCCUCAUCUGCUGCCUGCAGGAACGUACCGGAAAGACCACGGACAACAAGAGCAGGCGUAGAGACAAGCGGUCUUCACGGCGUACUGAGUGCUGGCUGGAGAGAGAGGAAGGGGAAUGGGAGGCGUUCCCUCCCCCGAAGAUCUUCCACCUGUCCCAACGCCCCGACCUACGGCUGGCUGCUGAGAGCCCCGUCUACCUGGGGGGCAUGGGCGGCUUCGACAACCGUGGAUACCAAAGGAGUCAGGAGAACCUGCUGAAGGCUCCUCUCUCUGGUUCCUUCCGCUCUGAGACUCAGAUGAUGUACCCCCAUGUGGUGCUUCAGAGGGUCCCCACCCCGACAGCCCCGCCUGCCCCCACCGCCCCCACCGCCCCAGUGUACCUCCACCACCUGCCCCCUGGCUCGGCCUCCAACGCUGGAGGGGCUCCCCAGCAUGUACCCGCGUACCCUCCCCCGCAGUAUCCCAACCACAACGCUAGCCCUCAGCGGGUUCCCUGGCAGAUGCAGCCCCGCUGACCUGUUUUCAGCUCCCGUUGUCGCUGGCCCUUCCUGGAGGUCAAGGGUUAACAAUGAGGGAGGAUCAUAAAUAGCACCCUGUUCCCUACUUAGUGCACUACUUUUGAGCAGAGCCCUAUGCAGCUAACCUAAUACAUGCUCCAGUCAAAUGUAGACAUAGGGGAUAGGAGAUGAUCUCAGACCAGCCCUCAGAUACCUUACAGUGAAAUGUUUCUAUAUUACUGGAUGGAUGGAUCCUGGAUGAGUGGAGGGAUGGAUGGUUAGUGGAUGGGUGGUUGGAUGAGUGGACGGGUGGAUAAUGGGGAGAUGAUGGAUGAACGGAUGGAUGAGUGGACCGAUGGAUGCAUGUUUGAGCAGUUGAUUGGAAUAUGAUGGAUGGAUAAUGAGUGGAGGAUGAACGAACGGAUGGAUGAGUGGACAGAUGGAUGCAUGUUUGAGCAGUUGACUGGACAGAUGAUGGAUGGUUGGAUAAAUGUUGAUUGGAUGAUGAGUGGAUGAUGGAUCGAUGGAUGGUUGGAUAGAUGAUGAUGAUGGAUGGAUGAUGGUUUGGUGGAUGGAGGAUGUGUUAUUGUACAUACUAUUGUUAUUGUAUGAUAAGGAAAGACCUGAGGGUCUUUCUACAGCUCUAUCUGGCUCCUCCCCCAUUUCACCUGAGAACGAACCUACCAGUUUCUACAGGAGGUUUUGGAGUCACUACCUUUGUCUCUGUGUAACUUUUGGUUAUUUGGUGCUGUCCUCCAUUUCACAAGAGCUGACUUCCUAUUAGUCUUCUGAUUGUGUGUAGAUCAGCAUCGGACGGGACCUAUCAGGACACAUCUUGCUUAUGUCACUAAAGAAACAAUAUGAGAUUUUAGUUGUUUUGGCAGAGGGAGUCAAAGUCGAUACUGGCCAAAUGAAACAAUUGGAAAUCCUCCUGGAAAACACGUAUGAACGUAUAUUCUGAAUGAUAUUGGAAAGGAUUUCAGAGAUUCCCCAGUGUUAUUCCCCCAUUUGUUCUACAGCUUCAGACAAAAGCCUUGGAUUGGUCCUUCUCUGUUGCUGAAGCCUUUGUCAGUCUUCUGGGGUUAUCUGAUGUAGUAAGAGACUUGGAACAGUUACACAGACUAACCUCGACAUUAUGGAGUUAACUGUAGGCCGACAAGAUCAAAGGCAGGAACCAUGUAAUGAUUAUUCCUGUGAAUAUGUUUCUAUACAAAAAAUGUUUUCCACCAGACAUGAAUUAAAAAUACUUUUGUUCAGCUGAA